GCCACACCGCGCGGCACAACAACGAAAAUGAAAACCAACCGGACGUGCUUGGCCGUUGAGUUUUGAUUUGUAAUUCCGACGCGCAGCCGUUGACGCGUGCCCCUUCAAUUGUUUAUCAUAUUGUUAGUUAAAGUGCUUACAUACAUAGGUACGCGGAAUAGUUAGAACAAAUUAAAAAAAAAAAAAAAAAAACAAGGCGACGCUGCCUGCGCGUGUGUGUGUGCGUGACGAAUUCAGUCUUUGCCCGCCGCUUUUUAAUUGAGUUAUUUGUAAAAAACAAAAAAGAUGCUCGCUAAAUGCAUAAAAACAGCGCUGAGUUAAUGAAAAUAAAUAAACGAAUCGAGUACAAACGAUUUAAUUGUCUUCUUGUGCGUUUGUACUGCCAUUGUGUGUCUGUGUUCGUGUGUUUUUGUGAAUGUUCCCCGAAUUAUUGCCUUUAAAAUAAAGAAGAUCCAUCGAAAUGGAGACCAUUGAAGAGCAAUCCAAGGGCGAGAUGUCCAUUACAGCGCUGCCCACUCGAAUCUGUCUGGUGGGAGGCGUUGGCCAGGAUGCGGACACGCUGCGGGCAGCCGAAUCCUUUGGCCUGCCCAUCGUCACUUCGGACACGGGUCUCGAUAUCAUCGGGGAGUCGGACUGGCGGACCUUCUACGUGCUCGACGACUUCGAGGGUGCCAGCUUUGAGGCGAUACAUAAGCAGAAGGAAUGCAUUCUGGGACCGCCGGCUUUGAAGUACGCGGCCGAGAUGAAACAGACACUGGGCCAGAAUUCGCGGCCCAUUUACAACUACGCGAUGCGCGGCGUGGUCACUUGCUUCACGGGCAUACGCAAAAAGGAUGAGCUGACCAAGCUGGUUAACCUUAUUCACUCGAUGGGCGGCUGCAUCAAGAAGGACCUGAACACGAAGACCACGCAUCUGAUUUGCAAUCACAGUGGCGGCGAAAAGUACCAGUACGCCAAAACUUUCCGUUUGACCGUGGUUCGUCCUGCUUGGGUGUUUGCCGCGUGGGCGGAUCGCAAUUCGCUGGAACUCGACGCCACGCAGGAGAUUUUCACCAAGGCGCAUCGCCUGAAGGCCUUCGAGGGUCAGAAGAUCUGUUUCUUUGGAUUCCCUGCGGAGGAGCAUCAACACAUGGUGGAUGUACUUUUGGAGAAUGGUGGCGUUUGCGCCGAACUCGACGAUCCGGAGUGCUCGCAUGUCGUGAUGCCCAAUACGGGCGCAGUAUUUACAAGCACUAGCACUAGCACAGAUACUAACCCAAGCACCCAAACUAACCCAACCGAAUCCCAAAUCCCAGGCAGCAGUGCGUCGCAGGCGGAGGGCGAAGAGGAGCAGCAGGCCAAGGAUCUCGAGCAGGCUGAAAUCAGAAGAGAGGAACAAUCCCAAACAGAGGCGAGCAACGCAAUGGCACUGGAUGUUAAUCCGGAGCAGGAACAAAAAGAGAAUCAGGCCAUUGAGGACGAAGAUGACAUACACUUUGACGAACGCCUCUUUGUGGAGGCAGCGGACAUACGAAAUCCAGGAGAUGAUCAGUUGCCUGAAUCGGACGAAGAAGACUUGGUGGAGGAGCAGAAGCCCAAAGUGGAGGAGAUGCUUCAAGAACAGGAUGAGCAAGAGCAAGAGGAUGUCCAGGCCAGCACGCCAAAGACCAGCAAAAUAAGAACAAGCCUAAAAGCUGCCACGCCACUUAGUUCACCCGAAAUGGAUGGCAAUCCUUUGGAUUUCGAAAGCACCACUCAGAACAUUUCCCCCAUACUAAAAGCCAUUGACGAGUGUGAUCUGGAGACCGAUGAUCUGCCAGCUUCAGAGAAUGAUCUAAAACGCAAGAGGGAUAGUUUUGACAAUGUGUCCCUGAUGUCGGUGGAUUCUUUUGCCCUGCCAACGAGCACCAAGAAACCCAAACUCAUACGCACGGGAUCCAUUUCGAGGACCCUUCGACGAUCGGUGAGCUUUGUGGCCGAACCGCUUAUGAAAACUUUAAGACCACGAAGAAGCUCUGUGGCAGAUGCUUCAAGUUUCAUCGGCAGCGAGGCAGCCGACAAUUCCAUUAGCUCACUAGCCUCCUCCAUUAAUUUGACGCUCAAUGAGUCCAUCAGGAAGCCAGUCAAAGAGAAGCUGCGCAGCUUUUGCGGCAGAAUAACCAGAAGCAGCAGUCGUAGAACCGAUAGAGGUGUGGAUGGCACUCCGGAGUGUUCCACCAUCCUGGACAGUGGUUUCAAGACCCCCAAGGCACCCAAGCUCCGAUCCACGGCCACGCCCAAAACAGCCAAGCGACUCUUCGGCCCCGUCUCCGGCGUUGUUUCGUCUUUGACCCUUACCAACCCCUCCACACCCACGCCCACGCCCACACCCACCAUGCACCCCAUCCCCAAUCCUAAUCCCACUGUCAGUUUGGAUGUCAACGAUACCUCCACCCACACAUUUGCUUUCUGUGCUGCUGCCGUCACGCCUGUCAUGCCACCAUCAUCAUCAUCGGUAUCGUCAUCAUCUCCCAUAUUAUCGACUUCGAUCGCUGUACAUAGCUCGGUGCAAGUAAUUAAGUCACCCGAAGAGUCGACAGCGAGGCAUCAAAGCCCCGGCCCCAUAGAAGAGCCCAUGCCAAUGGUGGUUGACGAGCACACGACUGUGUCGAAGCCGGAGCCGAAGAAUAAUCAUACGCACAUCCUGAAAUCAGACUGGUUCUGGUAUACCAUACAGAAUGGCUAUGCCAAUGAGAUGGACUAUCUGUUUGGCGACUAUUUGGACAGCAUCACGAAUACCCCCAAUACGGAUCGUCGGGACUCGUUACCCAUUAGCUUUAACAAGCGGAAACGCAAGCGUUUCUCGCAACGCAUACAGCUGGAGGGCACACCUCUGGGCUCUGGAAAGCGACGCUCCUCCGUCUCGGAUGCCGGUCUACUGUCCGUAUCGAAUAGUUUCUUCGAUUGCACCACCAGCCCGGAUAAACUGGAGGCGGAAAAGCUUUUGCAUGCCGAGCCGGAGGCGAGUGAAACCACGCCAGCCAAGAAAUCGAUGCGCUUUAACCAUUUUAUGGACUUCUUCACCACAGAGUCCAACUAUGUGGGCAUAUUGGAUACCAUAUUGAAUCUCUUUAAAAAUAAAUUGGAGGAGCUGGCCGAGACCAAUGAUCCACUGCUUAACAAGUCCGAGAUCAAGACGAUAUUUGGCAACUUUCUGCCCAUCCAUGAGGUGCAUCAGAGCAUGCUGGAGCACCUGCGCAAGUUGCAUGCUAACUGGCGAGAGGAUUGUCUGAUUGGCGACAUUAUUAUCCAGCACCGCGAUGAGCUGAUCAAGGCCUAUCCGCCGUACGUUAACUUCUUCGAGCAAAUGAAGGAGCAACUGCAGUACUGCGAUCGGGAGUAUCCCCGCUUCCAUGCCUUCCUCAAAAUCAAUCAGACGAAGCCGGAGUGUGGUCGUCAAGGCCUACAGGAUCUCAUGAUCCGACCGGUGCAGCGAUUGCCUAGCAUUAGUCUCCUGUUGAACGAUAUCCUGAAGCACACAGGUAAUAGCAAUGCGGAUCACAGCCGGUUGGAGGAGGCACUGAAGGCCAUCAAACAGGUGACGCUGCACAUCAACGAGGACAAAAGGCGCACCGAGUCGCGCAUGGCCAUCUUUGAUAUAUUCAACGAUAUCGACGGUUGUCCAGCGCAUCUAGUGAGUUCCAAUCGCAGCUUUAUCUUGAAAUGCGAGGUGAACGAGCUCUCCGACUCGCUGAGCGGUCGUGGUGAUAGCCUGGUCCUGUACCUUUUCUCCGAUUCCAUUGAGCUUUGCAAACGGCGUUCCAGAGGAUUCAAUACCGCCAAAUCACCGAGCACGGCCAAGACGCAUAAGCAUCUCAAGCUGAUAUCGUUGAACACGAUACGGCUAGUGAUUGAUAUAUCGGAUAGUCCUCGGGCCUUUGGAUUGCUCCUGCGGGGUGAAAAGGAAAAGCUAUAUACGUUUACGAUCAGCGACGAGGAGACCGACAAGUCGGUGUAUGUGAAGAAACUGUGCAACCAAAUUGCUGCUCACACGUGCCGAACAGAUGCUGACAAACUUUUGAUUUGUCGUACCUCCCAGGAACUGGAGGUGGACAUUAGCGAUGUGAAUGUCAGCACGCUGAGCAAGGCCUUCAAACUGGCUGCCAAAACUCGAUUAAAGGUUGGUCGAGCCUUUUCCUUUAACAAGACGCCCAACAAGCUGAAACGAGCCGUGUCUACGAUGAUGACCUCGCCUUUUGGCAGCACCAACUCGCUGACGCCCGCUUCUCAAUUGGCACAAAUGCGUUUGGCCAGCUGCACGAAUAUAAAUGAGGUUGACGAUGAAGACUGUGCCAGCAUGAGGAGUAGUUCGCCGUCAACGCAGUCCGAGAUGCUGGUAGUGCCCCCACUUUCCGUGCAACCCACGCGGAAAAACAAGGCAGUUGUGGGUCGCAUUUAGAGUUGUCGAUGUCGAUGAUUCCGCAGUCAAUUUGUGUAUUCCAUUUUUGAAGUCUCUUAGAAAGGGAGACGACUCGUCUGCAGUGCUAUUUCCUUGGUCAUGGGUGGCCCAUGUCCGAGCGCUGAUGCAACCUUCGAAUUCGUAAUCUCACAAAAAAAAAAAAAAAACAAAACCAGAAACCAGAAACAAAUUAUCACGCGUCCAAUAUUGUUUAGAUUGUAAAAUGUAUUGUUAAGUUGCAACUGUCGAUGUGGAGCUCGCGAAUGUUGAAGCGUUUGCCCGAGCUAUCGAUUGACCAUGAUUGACUUGUAAAUAGUUCUCCAUAUGUGUACGCCCGUGCCCGAAUAAUUGUGUCGCGUCGCUAAAUGUAACCAACUCCAACUACUCAUUGCAGUGACUAGAGAUCGCAUUCACGCACGCACCGAACGAUCGGUUCGAAUGGGUUUCGGUCGGAUGAUCGCCACACCGCAACAAGCUGUGAAUGUUUACUGAGUAAAUUUUUUAAAAACCUAUCUUACUAUAUUGAUUAAAACUCAACGAUUUUGCUUGAGUAGGCACCUACGACCCUAAGUCGUAAUGCAUUCGAAGCAUGAUGAUGUUUUUAAGUUAAUAUAUGAACCAAUCAUUAAAGAAAAUUAUUUUAAAGUCAA